AUGAGUGAAGCCGAAGCAAGUAAUCAAGCUAUAAAACCAUAUAUAACCGAAGAUAUUGAGACAAAUGAUUAUGUGGAAGCAACAUAUCAAUGUGAAAAUACAAACAAUAUCGGCGUGGACAUUAAAUUUGAUGAAGAUGAUGUUAAUGAUGUUAAUAAAGAAAGGAUAUUGGGAAAGGUUUUUGAUACACCCGAUGAUGCCCAUACAUUUUAUAAUGAUUAUUCAUUUAUGCAUGGAUUUGGUAUACGUAGAGAUGACACAAUUAAAAAUCCUAAAACAAAUGAGCCUUUUCGGAAGAUAUAUGUAUGCAACAAAGAAGGCUUCAAAAGGAUGGACAAAGAUGCUUCAAGUGAAAAUGAGAGAAAACGUCAUAAAUAUGUUAGAACCGGAUGUCAAGCAAAGCUUCGAAUAACAAGACAAGAGGAUGGGAAAUGGUUGGUGGACUUGUUUAAUGAAACACAAUCACGACUUGACCAUGACACCUACAAAGGUGAUAAAGCAUCGAUCUCAUAG